AAAUAUAUUAGGCAUGGUUGCUUCAUUGGAACUAUUUAAAGCCUCUUAGAACUUGAACCUAUGUCAUUGUCUUCCUUUAUUUCCUAUUCUUCAUUCACUUUCAAUUUCUUGAUCCAUCUCAGUGUUCUUGUUCUCUAUUUUCUUUAUAUACAAUAAAAUGGUCUACGUAUUUUUAAAGCAUACCUUUUGAAUCAUUUAACCUGGUGUCUAAAUAUUUCAUAAUGAAACACAUAUUUUCCUAUAGUUUGUUUCAUUUUCUUCUCUUAUUAUCCAUACUUAAUACUAUUUUUAUUGCAACACUAGGUACUAAUGAUGAUGCCGAUGCAACAGACCCUUUAUUUCUUCUCAUGAUUAAAUCAAAACUUGUUGAUCCAUUAGGAGCCAUGAGAAACUGGUCUCCAACAACACAUGUAUGCAACUGGAAUGGAAUAACAUGUUCAGUUGAUCAUAAACAUGUUAUAGGCCUUAAUCUUUCUAGUUCAGGAAUAUCAGGUUCCAUUUCAGUUGAGUUUAGUCACCUAAUUUCUCUUCAAACACUUGAUUUGUCAUCAAAUUCUCUUAAUGGUUCCAUUCCUUCAGAGCUAGGAAAGCUUCAAAAUCUAACAACACUUCAACUAUACUCAAAUUAUCUCUAUGGUAACAUUCCUGAAGAGAUUGGUAAUUUGAACAAGUUGCAAGUUCUUAGAAUAGGUGACAACUUUUUGACAGGUGGAAUUCCACAUAGCAUCAUCAAAUUGAGUGAGUUGAAAAUUUUAGGAUUAGGCUAUUGCAACUUAAAUGGAACCAUACCAAUUGGGAUUGGUGAAUUGAAAAAUCUAACUUCACUUGAUUUACAAAUGAAUAGUCUUAGAGGGCCUAUACCUGAAGAGAUAAAAAAAUGUGAAAAGCUACAAAACUUUGCAGCAUCAAAUAACAUGCUUGAAGGAAACAUACCCUUUUCUAUAGGGUCUCUUAAGUCAUUGAAAAUUCUUAACUUGGCCAAUAAUAGUUUAUCUGGAACAAUUCCUAUAUCUUUGAGUCAUCUUUCUAACUUGACAUACGUGAAUUUGCUUGGAAACAAACUAUAUGGUGAAAUUCCAUUUGAGCUUAAUAGUUUAAUCCAGCUGCAGAAGCUAGACUUGUCUAGAAAUAACUUCUCUGGAAUAAUACCGUUUCUUAAUACCAAACUCAAGAGUCUUGAAACUCUUGUUUUGUCUGAUAAUGUUUUCACAGGUAGUAUUCCAAGAAGUUUCUGUUUCAAAGGUUCAAAGCUUUCUCAACUUUUCUUGGCUAGAAAUAUUCUAUCUGGAAAAUUUCCUUUGGAGUUACUCAACUGUCCAUCAAUACAACAGUUGGACCUUUCUGGAAAUAGCUUUGAAGGUGAAAUUCCAUCUAGCAUAGACAAAUUGCAGAACCUCACAGAUCUUGUACUCAACAACAACACCUUUGUUGGAUCAUUACCUCAUGAAAUUGGAAAUAUUACUAGUUUGGAAGGUCUUUUCUUAUUUGGUAACUUUUUCACAGGUGAAAUUCCUAUAGAGAUUGGAAGGUUGCAAAGAUUGAACACUAUUUACCUUUAUGACAACCAAAUGUAUGGAAUCAUACCAAGAGAGCUAACAAACUGCACAAGCUUAAGAGAAAUUGAUUUCUUUGGAAAUCAUUUUACAGGUUCCAUUCCAGAGACUAUAGGGAAGCUGAAGAACUUGAUUCUUCUUCAUUUGAGGCAAAAUGAGUUAUCAGGUUCAAUCCCUCCAAGCUUAGGAUACUGCAAAAGUCUUCAAAUAUUGGCCUUAGCAGAUAACAAACUUUCAGGUUCAAUUCCACCUACAUUCAGUUACCUUUCAGAACUAAAUAAGAUUACCCUUUACAAUAACUCAUUUGAAGGACCUCUCCCUCAUUCACUUUCUUCUCUCAAAAGCCUCAAAAUCAUAAAUUUUUCACACAACAAGUUCAGUGGAAGUUUCUUUCCUCUCACUGCUUCAAAUUCUCUUACUCUUCUUGACUUGACUAACAACAGUUUCUCAGGUCCUAUCCCUUCUAGUCUAGCCAAUUCAAGAAACCUUCGUCGUCUCCGGCUCGCAUACAACAAUAUCACAGGAACCAUUCCUUCUGAAUUUGGCCAUCUUACUGAGCUUAACUUUUUUGAUUUAUCAUAUAACAAUUUAACAGGAGAAUUGCCACCUCAACUCUCAAACUCACAGAAAAUACAACACAUCCUUCUGAGUAAUAACAGAUUAAGUGGCAAAAUACCGAAGUGGUUAGGAAGCUUCCAAGAACUUGGUGAACUAGACCUGUCAUACAAUAACUUCACUGAUAAGGUACCUGCUGAAAUUGGAAACUGCUCAAAUUUACUUAAGCUUUGUCUCCAUCAUAACAAUCUGUCAGGUGACAUUCCUCAAGAGAUUGGAAACCUCUCUUCUCUUAAUGUCUUCAACAUCCAAAGCAAUAGUCUCUCUGGCCUCAUUCCUUCAACAGUUCAUAAAUGCAAGAAGCUUUAUGAGCUAAGGCUCUCACAGAAUUUCUUGUCAGGUACUAUACCAGUUGAGCUAGGAGAACUUGAUGAGUUACAAGUUAUAUUGGAUUUGAGCAAAAAUCUCUUCAUUGGUGAGAUACCAUCAUCUUUAGGAAACUUAAUGAAGCUAGAAAGACUUAACCUAUCUUUCAAUCAACUUCAAGGAAAAGUUCCUUCUUCACUUGGUAAACUUACAAGCCUUCAUGUGUUGAAUCUCUCAAAUAACUAUCUUGAAGGACAGAUUCCUUCAACCUUUUCAGGGUUUCCAAGAAGCUCUUUCUUGAACAAUAACCGGUUAUGUGGCGCACCGUUAUUAUCUUGCUCAGGAAUAACAUCACAUGGGAAAAUGCAGUUAUCAAACACACAAGUAGCAGCUAUCAUUGUGGCCAUUGUGUUUACUUCAACUGUGAUAUGUUUAGUUAUGUUGUAUAUAAUGCUAAGAAUAUGGUGCAACUGGAGAAAAGUUGCUAUAUCAAAUGCAGAUGGAGGUGCUGUUGCUAUGAAGAAAGAGGAGAGUAGAUGGGUAUGUCCUGAUCAGAAGACAAGGAAUGGAGAGUAUUGGAAUAUGAAUUCUUUUGGAUUCAUUCCUUCACCUGAUAAGAAUAAUAAUAAUUCAGUAACAACAACUUGCUUCUUUAAUCUUAAAAUGGAAGCCAUGGAAAAAAGUACAAAUAUAUAAAAAUAUUUUUUUUUCUUAAGUUUGUGUUCUUAGUUUUGAGGAACAAUUACAGUGCUGACACAUUAUCUGAUGCUGACUUCAAUUAAUAUAAAUACUUAUCAAUUCAUGUGUUGAGAGGCUA